GUUUCUCAGAGAGUGGCAUUUAUAUUCUCUCCCUCCAAUAAAAUGGCCCCACAAACUCCAUCCAUUUUCUAAUAUAAUCAAAUAUUAACUUUCCUUUCGAUCUCUCCUCCGCACUUCUCACUUCUCACUCUUCACCGUUUCCAACUGUUCAGUCAUUUUCUUCCAUUUCUUCCAAAAUUAACCGUAAUUUCCCCGCCAAUUACAGCGAUUUAGGUCCAAGAAACUCCAUGGACAAUCGCGCGCAAGAUGGCGACAUCUCCCGCGGCGGACGAUUCUCCACGAAACGGGGAGGUCAAGCUCGAGAAUGCCUCCGAGGCGGACGAUUCUCCACGAACCGGGGAGGUCAAGCUCGAGAAAGCCUCCGAGGCGGACGUUUUCCCACGAAUCGGGGAGGUCAAGCCCGAGGAAACCAACGAGGUGGCCGACAUUCUCCUCUCGCCGCCGGCCACCCUUCCAAUCUCCACAGCCCUGCCGGGCCUGGAACUCAUGGAACAUUUUCUAAUGACUCCUCGGGUAACAAUGAGUUUCUGGUAUCAUAUCAUUCUGAGCAUAAACCUGCCACCAGUUCUGCACAUCGGCAGGAAUGGCAUUCAUCUGGAAGAGAGGACAUGCAUUCUCAUGCUGAGAGUUUGAAGGAGGGACAUAAAUCAACUGAUUCCAGGGGUGUUAACCCAAAAGUUUCAAAGUGGUCAGCUGUCUCAGAUGCAAGCUACAGAGAGCAUCCUCCUUCGUUUUCUAAUCUGAGUCAUUCUGAGAAUUUGCAUGCCGGGGUAGAGAGAAUGCAGAUUAGAGAAACCCCGAGUGAGAUGACAGAGGAUAGUGUAACUCUGCCCUGCAAAUCUGAGGCCCAUGGUGUGCCUUUCCCUAUUAACAGUCCUGUAAAUGCAACCAACCAAGGGAAGCCAGAGCCUUCUGAACAGUCGAUUUUUGAUUUAUGUCCUCCUAAAUCAAGGGGUUCUAUUACCCUAAAGGCUCCUCUGCUAGUACAGAAUAGAGAAAGGCGGAAUGAAAUCAAGCGCUCCAAGGAACAGAACAGUGGAAUUGUUUUGCAGUCUGGAAUGGUUCUAUUAAAAAGUUACCUUUCCCUCCAUGACCAGAUGAAUAUAGUCAAGUUAUGCCGAGACUUGGGUUUGGGUUCUGGAGGUUUCUACAGACCUGGUUACCGUGAUGGAGCAAAGCUGAAUUUGAUGAUGAUGUGCCUUGGUAAGAAUUGGGACCCUGAGACAGGUCAGUAUGGAGAUCGUCGACCUGUUGAUGGUGCUAUUCCGCCAAAGAUUCCUGAUGAAUUCUUUCAGUUGGUUGAAAAUGCAAUCAAAGAGUCCCAGUCCCUUAUUAUGAAAGAUUCUAAAACUAGCAAUUCUAAAGGCAUACUUCCAUGGAUGAUCCCAGACAUAUGUCUUGUGAACUUUUACUCAUCCUCUGGGCGACUAGGUCUUCAUCAGGAUCGUGAUGAAAGUGAACAAAGUCUCUGCAAAUGUUUGCCAGUUGUCUCUUUUUCCAUUGGAGAUACUGCAGAAUUCUUGUACGGUGAGCAAAGGGAUGUUGACAGGGCAAAUAAGGUUAUACUGGAAUCUGGAGAUGUUCUAAUAUUUGGUGGAAAAUCGAGGCAUGUAUUUCAUGGUGUAUCGUCUAUAAAGCCAGACACUGCUCCUAAGACCCUGCUGGAAAAAACAAAUCUCCGAGCUGGCCGUCUGAAUCUUACUUUCAGAGAGUAUUGAAAAUUUUGUGCUGGUGCACAUCGUAAGCUUCUCUAGUCAGAGUUAGUUCGAACGAAGCAUGGUAGCUUCAUGAUGUAAUGACUCUUUGUGUUGAAUCGUUUAUAUCAGUGAAAGUGGUUUACGUUA